AUGAAUUACAUCGAAUCUUCUGCUGGUGACGCACUACAAUACAUGGCCAAUGUUUAUGGUAAGGGCUUGGAAUAUGAAAAGCCACCGUUCACUUUUCAUAGUACUGAGUGGGAGGGCCUCGCUAGGGACCGCAUGUCAAAAAAUUCCUUGGGUUACGUCUGCGGAAACGCCAGUACUGGCGAAACCGAUAGGAAAAACAGAGCCGCCUUCCAAAAGUGGUCGAUUGUUCCCCGUCGUUUGGUUAAAACCACAACUUUUCCAUCUUUGGAAACCCAUUUACUUGGCCAAACGUUGCCAGUGCCUAUUGCCAUCGCCCCUGUUGGUGUCCAACGGAUCUUCAACCCUGACGGUGAAAUUGCCAGCGCUGCCGCUGCUGCUAGCGAAAAUGUUCCGUACAUUUUCAGCUCUGCAUCAGCGUCAACACUGGAGGACGUUGCUAAGGCAAACGGUAAUGGAACUCGUUGGUUUCAGCUUUACUGGCCAGGGAAUGAGCACAAUGAUCUAACCGCAAGCAUUUUGAAGCGUGCUAAAGCCAAUGGCUUCAGUACUCUAUUCGUUACACUAGAUACUUACAAGUUGGGAUGGCGCCCUAGCGACCUGGACAAUGCUUACAAUCCAUUUUUGCGCCCUGACUCCAUAGGAGCGGCCUUGGGGUAUAGCGAUCCCGUCUUCCGUAGACAAUUCAAGGAAAAACACGGGAAAGAAAUCGAAGAAGAUUUGCAGAAUGCUGCUAAAGAAUGGAUUACGCGCAUAUUCCCCGAUUUCAGCCACGGUUGGGAAGAUCUUGCCUUUUUACGCAAACAUUGGGACGGCCCUAUUGUGUUGAAAGGUAUUCAAAGCGUUCAAGAUGCCAAAAUGGCAGUCGAGCAUGGAAUGGACGGUAUUGUCGUCUCGAACCACGGUGGUAGACAGCAAGACGGUGGUCCCGCUUCUAUUGAUUGUUUGGAGAGAAUUUCCAAGGCUGUCGGAUCUAAAAUUGACCUUCUUUUCGAUUCUGGUGUUAGAUGUGGUAGUGAUAUUGCUAAAGCAUUGGCAUUGGGGGCCAAAAUGGUUUUAAUUGGCAGACCAUAUGUGUACGGUUUGGUCUUGGGUGGACAAGAUGGUGUAAGUCACGUCCUUCGCUCACUGCUAGGAGAGUUGACUAUGGAUUUGCACUUAGGGGGAAUUCCUUCCAUUUCUGAAAAACAUUUGAACAUUGACUGUUUGGAAUAUAGCGAGUGCAAAUCUUAA